GUGUCUUUGCGAAUUACUAGCGAUAGUUAAUAAUUAUAGUGACGAAAACUAAGUUCUGAACAAAUCAUUCCGUAGCUAACGGUCAGUCGAUAAGAGUGAGUCGCGUGAAUCAGUCGCAUUGAGCCAAGUGAGUGUCAAGUGCGUCACACGUUUAAGUGCGUGCGAAUGCGUUUACGGUAGCGUUAUAGUGUAGUAUGGAGAGUAAGGUGCACGUGGCGGGGCCGCUGCGGGUCGGAAAGAAGAUGCGAAAGAGACGGGAACUGGACGCUUUAGUAGGGGGUGGGGGUGGAAGGGGAGGGAGGCUCUUAUCCGCUUCGAGUGAUGAGGGGGAGCCGUGGGGUCGGCGGACGUCUCGUAGACGUCGUUCCCGCCCUUUCCUCCGCCUUGCCGCCGCCCUCGCACUGUGUGUGUGCGUCGUCUCUGCUGCUACAGUUCUAUGGCUUUUCGUUGAUGUGCGGCGACAGAUUGUUUCCCUUCGAAUAGAGAUGGAUAGAGUAUCAACAAGCAGCGACGGUGUAGGAGACGCACUACAAGUAUGUCAUACAGCGGCCAAGGAGCUUCGUGCGAAUGCGAGCGAGUUAAGCGCCCGGCUAUCGAAGUUGGAACUUGAACAUCAAGAAUUGUCGAAGCGUAUGGAACAAGCCGCUGGCGAACUGGCUUCCGUUUCAGAACAACUCUCAGCAGCGCCGAAGUUAGCGGACACGCCGAGAAGAUUGGGAGAAUUGCAAAUGAUGGUAGCUGAUUUUGGUUCCCAGAUCAAAGGAUUCGAUGGUGCUCUCACAUCGACUCGGAAGCAGGCCGUUGCAGCCACAACGGGUGUUGAAGAAGUGAAGAAUCUUAUUCACCAGCUGGAAGGGAAGGCAAAUGAGACAAUAGCCAACGUGACAGCUAACAUGAAAAGAGAUGAGGAUUUGAAGAAUCAGAUGACGUCACUGAAUUCAACGCUCGUAAACAGGAUAGAUGGGCUACAGACGAAAAUUGAACUAAUGAGCAAACCAGUUAUCACAGCAGCCCCAAUGACAACGUCUACGCCAUCACCUGCUGUUCCUCCCUCCACUGCCGCCGCUAACACCACUACGUCACCAGGACCCGCCAAGCCGUUCGUGCUGCAAUGAGCAAUAACUCAACGCCUCAAAUCAUAGAAUAAGGAUCGCUCACAAACUUGUCAACGUCCAUACGACAAAUAGGAGAUAUUUCCCGAAAAAACAAAUGUUAGAAAAAAAAAAUAAACCCUCCAUGGUUAGAAUUGAUAAGGUAAAAGAUAUUUUUCUGAAAUUGGAUUUUUAACCUUGCAACAAUUUAUAUUUUUGUUGUAAGAAAAAAUUAAACCAAGUUUUUGGUAUAGCUAUAUUGAAUGCGGAGGUGAUUUAUUUUUAACGUAAAUUGUUCUGAAAUUUAGCGCAGUAACGAGAUUCAGAUGCCUAAAUAUGAAUUAAAUUCUAUCGAUUGAUCGAUUGGAAUAAUGUAAUGUUAUUUGUUUGUAAGUCAUUAAUUAUAUAGAGACGUUCUAUCAACGAAUAAGAUCUCAAUCAAGCCUUAUAAAAUAUUGUAAAACUUUUAAGGUACGUGUAGACUCAUUGUAGUAUUUGAAUAAAGUAUUUGAAUAAAUGAUUCCUUAACAAAAUGAUAAUAAAAAGGUUCAGUGUAAUACUUUUAAAAUAAUACUGUAAAAAAAAUAUAUUGGUGAAAAAUAAAUUGUCUCACGACGGUAGCUCAUCUAACAGCUACGGAGUCUGUACCCACCUUAAUAUGCAAUAAAUAUUUCGAGUGAAAACUCAUUUUGAAAAACAAUGUAAAUAAUUUAAUAUUAAUAAUAGAAUUAAUGGUAAUUUUAUGUGAGUGUAGAGAGAUUUACGUACACACUGUGUGUUACCAAGUUGUCAAUAAAAGUGUGUUUUAUUACUGUAAUAAAUUAUUGUUAAUA